ACAAAAGGCCUUGCAGGAGUGUGUAUUAUUAAGCCAGCUGGGAGUAUUCAACUAAAACAAAAGAUCAAUUUAUUAAUUUCAUAAAUCUUCUUCAUAUUCCGUCAAAACGAAGAAAACAUUGGAGACGCGUGAAGAAGGUCCUCGACGGACCACGCGUCGGCGUAGAAAAAAGCAGGAUGAGCUUGACCGGGAAAAUGUUGCUCGCGAUACUACACAUGAUUCCCUAUCGGCUACUACCAUCGAUGUUUCCGAUCCAUCUGUAAUCCCUGGUCCUUCUAUUGCCGCUCCUUCUACUUCCACAAUACCCUCCUCAUCUUUAGCUUCAUCUACUGAAACUCCCUCUGUUUUGCCUGGAACUUUAAGCGCUACUCGGACCGCUUUACAAAGACUUAGUAACUUGAAUGAGGAGACCUGGUUACAGAUUGGAAGAUUGGCAGAGCAAAUGAAUGAAUAUGAAAGGGCAUUGACGAGUUAUGAAUGCGUAUUAAGACAUAAUCCGUACUCAGUGGCAGCAAUGACACAGAUUGCAUCUAUUUUGCACGCGAAUGAACAGUAUCAAAGAGCAGCAGAAUACUUUCAAUCGAUUUUAAAUAUAGAUCAAAGUAAUGGUGAGAUAUGGGGCUCUCUUGGUCAUUGUUAUUUGAUGAUGGAUGACUUACAAAAGACGUAUACGGCGUAUCAACAAGCACUGUAUCAUUUGCAGAAUCCAAAAGAUCCUAAACUUUGGUAUGGGAUUGGUAUUUUCUAUGAUAGAUAUGGAUCUUUAGAACAUGCAGAAGAAGCAUUUUCUCAUACUAUUCAAAUAGACCCAUUUUUUGAAAAAGCAAAUGAAAUAUAUUUUCGUUUAGGGAUUAUUUAUAGGCAACAACAUAAAUAUCCACAAAGUCUUGAAUGUUUUCGAUAUAUUUUGCAGAAUCCUCCAAAGUCACUUACGAAAACAGAUAUUUGGUUUCAAAUAGGUCAGGUGUAUGAGCAACAAAAGGAAUAUAAGCUUGCAAAAGAUGUUUAUGAACAUAUUUUAUCGGAAAAUCCAGAUCAUGCAAAAGUACUUCAACAAUUGGGCUGGCUUUGUCAUCAGCCCAAUACGUCUUUUACAAAUCAGGACCAUGCAGUUCAAUAUCUUACCAAAUCCCUUGAAAUAGAUAGUCAUGAUGUUCAAUCCUGGUACUUUCUUGGACGAUGCUAUAUGGCUCAACAAAAAUACAAUAAAGCUUACGAGGCGUAUCAGCAGGCUGUUUAUCGUGAUGGGAGAAAUCCUACUUUUUGGUGUUCAAUUGGUGUAUUAUACUAUCAAAUCAAUCAAUAUCGAGAUGCACUUGAUGCAUACUCUCGUGCAAUUCGCUUGAAUCCAUAUAUAUCUGAGGUUUGGUACGAUUUAGGUACGUUGUACGAGUCUUGCAAUAAUCAAAUUGGCGAUGCAUUGAAUGCAUAUCAACGUGCUGCUGAGCUUGAUCCCGGCAAUCCACAUAUUAAGAGUCGUCUUCAAUAUUUACGUAACGGAAAAGCUACUGGAUCUCAUCAUACAACUACACUUCCACAUCCUCAAGAUAUUAAUCCUUCCAAUUGUCAAAAUUCUAAUCUUCCGGCAGAAAUAUCAGCACAAUGGUCUAAGUCUCCACAUUCUUCUGCACUUGUAUCUUCAACUGUAAAUGAUGACAUAGGAAAAUUGCCUCUAUUACGUCCUCGUUCUAAUGAAGUUGAUUCUCCUUUACCGGCUCAAACAUCAGAUAUUUCAAAAAAAUCUUUUAUACAUGUUACAUCGAAUGAACGUCAUGGACAACAUACUCUUUCUCCAACAAGUUAUCAUCAUCAUAUUCCUUCAAAUCCUUAUGAUCAUGAACGAUCAAAUCAUUCUAAUCAUCCACAUCAUACAUCUAUAUACCCCCUUCAGCCCUCGUUGGAAUCACACAAUGGAUCACAUCCUGUUUAUCAUUUGGCAUGUCCCGGAAAUGUAACGGAGGAAUCGUCACUUACACCUAUUCAUUCUAACACAUUUAAUACAAAUCAUGAUAUGAAACACUUGAAUAAUCAGCCUAACUCUCAUUCAUCUCAUACAAACCAUUCCAAAUCUUCGAAACAAUCCGUGGAAUCCAUCAUUCAUCAUGACGCAAAAGAAACUUGGGAGACAACCAAAAGGCAAAAAAAAUGGGAUGAAAAAAGUGAAAUAUAUGAGCAAAAAAAGACUAGUUCCUUAAAAUUUGGGACAAAGGAAAUGUCUUAUGAAAAAACUAGUGAGAAAAAAGAAUCGUAUACUCAUAAUUCAUUUAGUAGGAAAGUCUCAAAAGAAUCUUUAAAAGUAAAAGAAUUAGAAUCCAAGGAAUCACCUAAGAGUUCUAAAUAUGGAUCAUCAGGCACUCAAAAAAAUUUAUCGUCAACAUUUUCAUCUAUCUCAUCUGCUUCUAAAUCUUUAGAAUCACUCGAAAGUGAUAAUUCAAGUCAAUUGAUCAAUAAUUCUACAAAGAGCAAUUCCGAUUUGGUUAAAUCAAAUAAUAUAACUGAAAUAUCCAAUGAUGGUAAUAUUGAUACGGAUGGAAUCAAAGAUUCUAUUUCAAAAAAUGAAUUGUCAAGUUCAGAGAAUACACAAAAAAUCGAGUUAACUGUUCGAAAAAUAAAUAUUAAUGAAAAUUAUGACAAUGAUAAUGAAUAGUUUUUUAUAAUU